CUUGCGUCAUCCACAUGCGCCUGUAGCUCUGUUUUGCUUCUUUUCGCUUCCUUUACCCACAUGAGACAACCCAACGUGGCUUUUGCUUUUGACCAGACAUCUAUGCAGCUAUUAAAUGUAGUUACAUGUUUAUUAAAAAAAAAAAAAACGUUUUUAUACAAACACCGUAAUCUACGAAACAAGUCGUUUGACAAGUAAAAUAACUCGUUUUUCUGCCGCAGAGACAAACUGUGCUCCACAACAUGUUUAAUGAGGAGGAAGACUGGAGUGACGAACAAGACGCCCAAGUCCUGAGCAACACUGUCCUCAGAAACCCCCAGAAGGCGAACAGCAGCACACAUGUCAAGUCCAUGGUGGUUGGGAAGAAGAGCCUGAUGCGGACCCUGCAGACACUGGGCUCAGUACCAGAGUGGAAGAACGAUGACCAUCAGCAGUCCAGUGACAGUGAGGCAGAGGUCCCAUCACACAGUCAGAAAAGAAAGAACAGAAGGAAAAAACGAAAGAAAGCGGAGAUGACAGCAGAGCAGCAAGAGAAUGGAGACGUGGAUCAGACUCAUAAUGAGGCAAAACAUUUAACAAAAAAGAGGAAGAAAGACAACAAAUUUGCGGCUCUGAAGGUAAAAAUCACAUCUAUGGGUGAGACAAAGGAUAAAGAACUUAGCAAAUCUGCAACAGUGAACAUAAACAAACCAGAGAAUACAGAGAAACUGAGCAGACAACAGUGGAAAAACAAAAUGAAGAACAAGAGGAAAUGUAAAAAUAAAUACAGUCAGAAUAAUCCCGAGAUGGAAGUCAAUAAAGCAGAAUCUGCAGAGCAACACAAGCCAAAGGAAGAAGUCAAAAUGGAUUCAUAUAGCAGCAACAGUCAGACACCAGCCAAGAAAAAGGAAAAGCAAUGUAAACCACAGAAAAGGAAAAAGACUGAAGAGGACGCUGAAAUAUCCGGUCCAACAGAAUCACAGACGCACAAAGAGGAAAAGCAGCAAAUUGGUGGCAAAGUUGAAAAAGGUGUCACUGAAUCUUCUGCUGAUGGAUCAAAACAGCAAGCAGAUGAACGUGAAGUGGAGAUCACAGAUGAUCAGCACCAGUCACCCAUGAAAAGACCUGUGCCGAGCAAAGAACAGAUUCUGAAAAGAGAGAAGCUACGGAAAAUGCUCCACAGCCAGGAAGCGGUCCGACAGGAGAGUCCUGCAGAGCUGAAAGACGAGCCAGCGGUACCAGAAGAAGAGGUGAAACAGGACCGCUCAGCCUCCCUGAGGUCCCGCAUGGAGCAGCGACUGGAGUCGGCUCGUUUCCGCUACAUUAAUGAAGUUUUGUACAGCACGUCCAGCGGCGAGGCGACGCGUAUGUUCCAGCUGGACCCACAGGCCUUCGGGAUCUACCACAGAGGAUACACGGCGCAGGUUCAGAGAUGGCCCGCCAAUCCAGUGGACGCCAUCAUCUCCUACAUUUUAAAAAAACCUUCCUCUCUGGUGGUUGCAGACUUUGGUUGUGGUGACUGUAAAAUAGCGCGCAGCGUGAAGAACAAAGUGCACAGUUUCGACCUGGCAGCUGCGUGCGAGCUGGUCACAGUCUGCGACAUGGCCAACGUCCCGCUCCGUGACGGCUCUGUGGACAUCGCUGUGUUCUGCCUUUCUCUCAUGGGGACCAACCUGGCAGAUUUUCUAGCAGAGGCCAAUCGUGUCUUAAAGAAGGGGGGUGUCCUUAAAAUAGCGGAAGUGGCGAGCAGGUUCGAGAACGUGCGGAACUUUGUCUCUGCACUGGCAAGUCUGGGAUUCAAGAUGGUGUCCAAGGACACAGAGAACACUCAUUUCUACUCCUUUGAAUUAAUGAAGACUGGAGAUGCUCCAGAAAAUAUAAAGAAAUUUGGACUGCAGUUGAGGCCAUGUGUCUACAAGAAAAGAUGAAUGUGUUUGUGAUGGUACUUUUGAAGCAGUAUGUUUGUGAAUGUGUAGCUUGGAUCUACGGUUUUCCUAAGCAGUAGUUGUACAUUUGUAUGUAAAUGUAUUGUUGUUGUAUUGUGUAAGUGUAUUGCUACAUUUUGAAGCCUCUGUUAUUCACAGAUUUGAACACAGCUGAAUUAUCUGCAAUAUUUGUACAUGAUUUUUCAUGUAAUACAGGGCUCUGUGAUCAUAUGCCAUUACUAUCCAAAUGCAUGCAGGGUUCCUUCCAUUGUCUCUGCUGAUCAGUGAAAUAACCCUGUGUGGUGUUUGGUUGGAAUGAAAACCUACAUACAUGUUUGGAUGGCACAUUAUAUACAGGCCAUGAAAACAAGUUGUGUAAAUGUUAAAAUUGUCCCGUUAAAAAUAAAAUAAACAUUUU